AUGCUGAACCAGACCGUGCGGCUGGUUUUGUCUCCCCUGGCCAAGAACCUCUUCCACCGGGCCAUUUCUGAGAGUGGUGUGGCCCUCACUUCUGCUCUGUUCAAGAAGGACAACAUCAAGCCCCUGGCGGAGAGUCACCCCUUCAUGCCCACGGUGGUGGAUGGCGUGCUGCUGCUCAAAACCCCCGAAGAGAUUCUGGCCGAGAAGAGUUUCAACACCGUCCCCUACAUCGUCGGCGUGAACAAGCAAGACCUCCACCUGGUGCCCACGGGCCGCUCGCCCUGCCUGGGCAGGCUCUGCAUUUUGCUGUCUCCGAGCGUCGGCACAUUCUCUCCUGUCUGCUUCACACCACUCCCUGCUUUCAUCUUCCCUCGUUCAGUCCUCCUGCUGCAGGUCCCAGCCCCUCCAUGCGCCACCAGCCAGAUGGCCUCACCCCUCUUCUGCCGCCUGAAGAACCUCCCAGGUCAUCCGUCCUCGCCUCCUCUGGUGGACACCGUGCAUGGCAAGGUCCUGGGGAAGUACGUCCACCUGGAAGGAAUCGCACAGCCUGUGGCCGAGUUCCUGGGAGUCCCCUUUGCCAAGCCUCCCCUCGGAUCCCUGAGGUUUGCUCCGCCGCAGCCUGUAGAGCCGUGGAGCUCUGUGAGGAACACCACCUCCUACCCGCCCAUGUGCCCGCAGGACCCAGUGGCAGGGCAGCUGCUCUCCGACCUCCUUACUAACAGAAAGGAGAACAUUACUCUCAAGUUGUCCGAAGACUGUCUUUACCUGAAUAUCUACACUCCUGCUGACUUGACCAAGAAAAGCAGGCUGCCGGUGAUGGUGUGGAUCUUCGGAGGUGGUAUGGUGGUGGGCGGGGCCUCAACCUAUGAUGGCGUGGCCCUCUCUGCCCAUGAAAACGUGGUGGUGGUGACCAUUCAGUACCGUGUGGGCAUCUGGGGAUUCUUCAGUACAGGGGACGAACACAGCCGGGGGAACUGGGGUCACUUGGACCAGGUGGCCGCGCUGCGCUGGGUGCAGGACAACAUCGCCAACUUUGGAGGGAACCCAGGCUCUGUGACCAUCUUUGGAGAGUCAACGGGAGGUGAAAGUGUCUCUGUUCUUGUUUUGUCUCCCCUGGCCAAGAACCUCUUCCACCGGGCCAUUUCUGAGAGUGGUGUGGCCCUCACUGCUACUCUGGUCCAGAACGGUGACAUCAAGCCCCUGGCAGAGAAAGUUGCCGUUGCUGCUGGGUGUAAAACCACCACCUCGGCUGUCAUGGUUCACUGCCUGCGCCAGAAGACAGACGAAGAGCUCUUGGAGGCCACAAAGAAAAUGAAGAGUGUGAGUUGUGAGCUCAGGGGUAGCCUGAGGCCCGGACCCCCUAUCUUGACCCUGAUGGUGGAUGGCGUGCUCCUGCCCAAAACCCCCGAAGAGAUUCUGGCCGAGAAGAAUUUCAACACUGUCCCCUACAUCGUCGGCAUCAACAAGCAAGAGUUUGGCUGGUUUCUUCCAAUGUUGAUGGGCUAUCCGCUUUCUGAAGGCAAACUGGACCAGAAGACGGCCACGUUUCUCUUGUGGAAGUCCUCCCCGCUUACUGGCAUCCCUGAGGAGCUGACUUCGGUGGCCAUUGAGGAGUAUUUAGGAGGAACAGAGGACCCUGUCAAAAAGAAAGACCUGUUCCUGGACUUGAUUGGAGAUGUCGUGUUUUGUGUCCCAUCUGUGAUUGUGGCCCGACGCCACAGAGAUGCCGGAGCCCCCACCUACAUGUAUGAGUUUGGGUAUCGCCCAAGCUUCUCGUCAGACAUGAAACCCAAGAUGGUGAGAGGGGACCACGGGGAUGAGCUCUUCUCUGUCUUGGGAGCCCCAUUUUUAAAAGUUUCCGGAUUCACUCUAACAGGGUUGAAUGACAUUGUGCAGUCCCCACCCUUUCUCCUGCUCUAA